AAUCUCAAAAAUAUGUUUACUUCCUUAUUUAUUUAUAUUUGCUAUUAUUAUUAUUACUCCAACUAUCACAAAAUGGGAUAAUUCAGAUUCUGAGUACUCACAGGAAAAAUAGUUUGAUUCUAUGAAAUGCAGAUCUGAUUAUCUGAAUGCAUUUCGAAAGAGCAGGUCUUCAUUUUUACACAAAUGCGUGUUUCUGAUUUGACAUGGGGAUAAUCACCAGGCAUUUGCCUAAACGUGGAGAUGAUUUGUGAAUGUGGGGAUUAAAAUUGGAUAUUAGUUCUUAUUUCUCUGUUAAAGUAGAUCCAGAAAUAUUAAGAAGGACUCACACACCCAAAUAAAGUAUUUUUUAUGUAAGAAAAUCCAUUCUUGUUUUAUAUGCGUUUGUUUUUCAGCCAAAUUAGCUGCUAAAAUGCCAACUUCUCAAGGGCAAAGAUGGGGUCCGCGUGUUAUUUGUAGCCGUGCGUCCCGCUUCAUCUUCUUCACCAUGCGCCAACGGAGUUGCACUACAAUCUUGAAGACACCCCCCACUACAGAUGACCAGGUGUAAAAUACAAGUCUCAUGUUGAAGGCGAAAAAAAAAGGUCACGUGACAAUGGAGCAAGAAAAGAAGGGGGGAAAGAUAUGAAGAGCACGUAAAUGAUAAACAACAGAAAUAUUGUAACUUUUCUAGAAGGCAGACAGAGGAUGAGCUGAGAUUCCAGGUGGGAUGAGUGAGAGAGAGGACUCCACUGUAAAACGCACGUGAACAGAUAAAGGAAAGGAUGAAGCUGAAUGAACGCAGUGUGGCACAUUAUGCCACAUGCGAUUCACCCCCAGACAAAACAGGCUUUCUCUUCAAAAAGGGAGAGCGGCACACCGCUUACCAUCGGCGCUGGUUUGUCCUUAAAGGGAACAUGCUUUUCUACUUUGAGGAUCGCGACAGUCGAGAGCCGAUCGGGGUCAUCGUUCUGGAGGGAUGUACGGUGGAGCUGUGCGAGUCCGUGGAGGAGUUCGCCUUUGCCAUCAAGUUUGAUUGUGCCAAAUCUAAGGUGUACAAGUUGGUGGCUGAGAACCAGGCAUCCAUGGAGUCUUGGGUGAAGGCGCUGUCAAGAGCCAGCUUUGACUACAUGAGGCUGGUCGUGAAGGAGCUAGAGAGGCAGCUGGAGGAGAUCCAAGAAGCUGCAGGGGUUGGCGUUGGUGAUGGACAGCAGGGAAGGCCCAGACCAGCCCUGCUUAACCAAAUGGUACAAUCCAGGUCUGCAUCAUCUUUUCUAUCAUCCUCUGCAUCUUCCUUAUCAUCAUCGUCAAGUACCCCAUCCAUGACAACCCCUCAAAUGGCCCAGAAAAGCCACCAGGAAGAAGUCCAGCUGACCUCUAGGAGUUCCAAGGAGAAUGGAGUUAUAUGGAGUAAGCCUCCCGCCUCCUGGGCCAACGGCUCUGGGGAGGGAGCACCACCAUCCUGUGCAGUCUGGGAAGGCUCUGCAGAUCCUGGGGUUCCCCCAGUGCCACCUCGGAGGAGAGGAGCAUCACUGGAGAGUCCAGUCUCCCCUGGCACUGGCUGCUUUUCCAAACUUCAUGAUUGGUACGGUAAAGAGGUGAUGGAACUGAGAGAGCUUUGGCUCCAGAGUCAGUGAAGUCACACGGGUGGAUUAUCGGGAAAUUUGAUUGUUUUUUAGGCCUCAGUUUGCCAUUUCUUUCAAGUCUCAAAACCUUCAAAACUUUCUCAUCAGAUGGCUUGAACCUUAUAGUAACAUUCAAUCAAUCAUAAUGUGCAUAAAAGCACGUUUUAGCAUUCUUGUCUGGCACAAGAGAACAGUUGUGUCCCGAUUUUAACACUAAUCUUUUUCUCAAUUAAAGUAUUUGUUCCACUUUUAUACAGUUUCUUUACACUGACAGUUAAAUAUGUACGUAAAGACCUACUCCGAUCAUCAUUUGAGCUAUUUUAAUAUCGUUAGCAGUGGGCUUUUAAUUAUGAUCAUGCUGUUUUUAGGCUAAAUUAAUGGAGCACAGCAAGGAGCGUGUGUCCUGCCGAUUACAGCUUCUACGUCACAAAUACGCUUUUUUAUUUCAAACAGCGUUUUUGUCUACUCCUGAUUCACAAUGAUUUGGAUAAAAAAGGCUAUUUUGAGGUUAAUUUUCCUAAUAAAUGUCCAUUAUUAGGAAAUAUCAAUUUUUAGGAAAAUGCCACAAGAACAUGUUAACACCCAAAACCUGCUUUUCAUCGGAGUUGGUCUUUAAAAUUAGAGCCUUUUAUCUCACCUAACACUUUAUCAGGCACUUGUCAUCUCAUCUGUCGGCUUGAUAAGGAUAAUGACCUUAUAACGAGUCAACCUGCAGAACUCAAAGCUCUACAUACGACCCAACAUACUGCUGCACGACUGAUUUUUAAUUACCAAAAAUAGGACACAUCACAGCAGUGUUCAGAGUCGUGGACUGGCUUCAUAAGGGUCCCCACAUGGGGUUCAACGCCUUCUGGCAUUUCCUGCAGGGUACCUGAACACCUUUAUGCAGGUCUGCAAUCUAACAAUGAAUGAAAACUGAUGGUCCCUGCAGGUUUAUUGUGAUUCUUUUGGAAUUCACCUGGAAGAAAAGCUUCUGCUAACAUGCUGCUAAGUAACUAAAGAUAAACCUGUGUGAAAAAUAGUUGCUCAGGCCUGCAUAUGAUUAAUAUAGUCCAUUGGAGAAACCUUUUGAUCGUGUUCCCACCUUUUGAACGCGUUUAGCCUCCAGAUACACUCAUUCUAGCUUGUGGGGAGAAGAUUUUUUAUUUUUUCAUUUACAACUUGAAAAGAGAAUUCCCUCUGUGUUGAAGGCAGAGAGCUUGAAAUUGAAAUGUUUCUGUGGCCCAGGUGGCUUGACAUUUUACCUAUUAUUUGGUGCUCCUUAAGACGUGGCCGUCUUGGUGAUUAAAACCGCUUCAAAGGCAUAAAUAAGGAAGUCAAAUGUUUUCAAGUCCUAUCAAAAGCUUCACACAUAUUUGCUGUAGUGUUUUGAAGUUCAUCUUUCUCCAAAGACUAAUGUCGGAACAUCCUCUCUUCAGUCCCCAGAGAUCAUGGUGGAAGCUGGAUGUCAAGCUCCGAGCAACACACUUUUUAUUUUUAGCUCCUGUGUUAGCGGCCAUGAUGUUUGGUCGUUAUUGCCCCCCGUGACCAACGUCUUCUUCUGUUCAUAGACAGAAGGCAGUUUGUCCGUCAAUUCACAGACCAACCACUGCAAUAAAAAUAUAUGCAAUUAAAAAAACAGUUCCUUUUGGUGUCUGUAAUCUAAAGGUUACUGAAAGAUGGAGCUCUGUCUAUACUGAAUAGAGAAACUAACUGGUGUGUUUGAAAUAAACAAAUGUUUGACUUUCCUCAGCUUUUUAAUACUAGAUUAUAUGUUGUUUUCUUUUAUAUGGAGUUCAUAUAAUUAUGAAUAUAUGCGUGCCUUCUUAUACUUUUUUCCUGCUAAUCUCGGUACAAUCUUAUCUUGAUAAUAGCAGACUGCAUUGGUUCACAGUGAAACCAUUUCUGCCAAACACUUGACUCGUGCACAAAACAAAGGCUUGAAGAAAAUGGAUCAAAAGGGGAGAUUUUUUUAUGGCAAUCCUUGUACUUUCAACAUGUAUUCUUUAAAACUGUUGUAUUACUUUUUCCAAUACAGUCAUCAAUAGUUACUGACUUACAGAGAAGAAAUGAAUGUCUGUAAAUAAUGUUUGUUCUCUUGAAAUGCAUGAGAAAAUUGUUUUACAUCAAUCUUUUGUUUUUUUCCUUAAUGUGUUGUGAUAAAUAACCAGUGUCAGUAAUCGCUUUUGUACUGAAAGAUUUUUACAAACCCAUCAAUAAACCUUGUUGCAAUACUUAGAAAAA